CUCCCUCCCGCACCGCACCGCGCCGCCUCCCUCGUUGCCACGCGCAAGCAGACACGCGCGGCGACGCCGCGACCGUCCGGUCGCCCCUCGCUCCCUCUGCGAAGCGGACCUGAGCGGAGCCCUCAGAAGCGGGUACCCCUGCGUUGAGCGGGAGGUGGGCGAACAGCAUUGGGAAUGGAGGCGACCGACGGCAGCCUGGGGGCCGUGUGACAGCCCGCCGCGUUCGCACACGCAUACGGCAGGGAGCCGGAGCCGGAGCCGGAGCAGAGCCGGGCAGCAGAGACUUGCCCCGUCCCUCAGGGCGCCGGCAUGGAGUGAGAGCAGCGUGUCGCCUCCAGCUAACGUUCUGGAAGAAGACUCAAUGGAGCAGGACAUAGAGAGCCCUGUCACUAUUCAUCAGCCAAAGUUACCCAAACAAGCUAGAGAGGAUCUGCCAAAAAAUCUAAACAAAGAAUGUGCCAAGAGAAAAAUCCAGAGGUAUGUUAGGAAAGAUGGAAAAUGCAACGUCCACCAUGGGAAUGUCAGAGAGACCUACCGUUACUUGACUGACAUCUUUACUACUUUAGUCGAUCUGAAGUGGAGGUUCAACUUGUUGAUUUUUGUCAUGGUUUACACAGUGACUUGGCUCUUCUUUGGAAUGAUCUGGUGGUUAAUUGCCUACAUGCGAGGAGAUAUGGAUCAUAUAGGGGACAGCACGUGGACACCAUGCGUCAGCAACCUCAAUGGGUUUGUCUCAGCCUUUUUAUUCUCAAUCGAGACAGAAACUACCAUUGGGUACGGUUACCGGGUCAUCACAGACAAGUGUCCCGAGGGAAUUGUUCUUCUUUUAAUUCAGUCUGUUUUAGGUUCUAUCGUCAACGCUUUCAUGGUUGGCUGCAUGUUUGUGAAAAUAUCCCAACCCAAGAAGAGGGCAGAAACCUUGGUUUUUUCUACAAAUGCAGUUAUUUCCAUGCGGGACGGAAAGCUAUGUCUGAUGUUCCGAGUAGGAGACCUUAGGAAUUCACACAUUGUAGAGGCAUCAAUACGAGCCAAGUUGAUCAAAUCCAAACAGACAAAGGAGGGGGAAUUUAUACCGCUCAACCAGACAGAUAUCAACGUAGGUUAUUACACAGGGGAUGAUCGUCUCUUUUUGGUUUCACCACUGAUCAUCAGCCAUGAAAUUAACCAGCAGAGUCCUUUCUGGGAGAUUUCCAAAGCCCAGUUGCCCAAAGAGGAGCUAGAAAUUGUUGUAAUCCUAGAAGGAAUGGUGGAGGCAACAGGAAUGACAUGCCAAGCUCGAAGUUCAUAUGUUACAAGUGAGAUCCUAUGGGGUUACCGAUUCACCCCUGUCCUCACUCUGGAGGAUGGAUUUUAUGAAGUUGACUACAAUAGUUUUCAUGAAACAUAUGAGACCAACACCCCAGUUUACAGUGCCAAAGAGCUGGCAGAGAUGGCCAGCCGAGCAGAACUGCCCCUGACUUGGUCUGUUUCCAGCAAGCUGGACCAGCAUGCUGAGCUGGAAACUGAAGAGGAAGAGAAGAAUCAAGAAGACCAAAAUGAAAGAAAUGGUGAUGUGGCAAACCUAGAGAACGAGUCCAAAGUGUAGAACCAGAGGUGUAAGGGCCACAUGACCUUCCUUAUCUUUUCCCUUUAUGUUUCCCUUUUAUUUCUUCCACAUGCUUUUAUUUUUCUUCCUUGUCAUUAUUAAUUCUGGGAAAAUAAAUACUUCAGAUGUGAAAUAUCUACCUGCCCAGUUCAAACUCAAGAGUUUCACAGACUAAGCUAAGACAUAGUUUAAAGCUGCAAUACCCAUUACUUUCACUGGAAUCUCCAUCCCCACCCUGAUAACGACUGCUGGCUUCCUCUGCACUUCUCUGAGUUCAGACCUCCAGGUUUCUUCAAAGUAUCAAAAAAACCACUGGAAUAUAAACAAGGUAAAUUCAAAGGAAAGACUAAUUGAUGUUCAUCAAAGCAAUGGGCCUUGGCUCCAGGUUUUUUUUAUGCAUUUCAGGACAGCUUUGCAAACUGGAUGACAAUCCUCUGUAAAAUGGGCCUUGCAGCUUUAAGAGAACGGUGAGCAGAGGGAUCUGCACCCCAACAUGAUACUGUACAUAUGCCUUAUGUAAUUACUUUCUCUUUACAUUUAGUAAUAAACAACGCAUGUACAAAAGUACUGUAGUAAAGAACUUCUAAAUAAUGUACAUAGAUGUGUAAUUUAUAUAGGUUUAGAAAACGAGUUCUAGAAAUAUUGGGAUGCAAAAACAUGCUACCCCUUGAGUAAGCUCUUCUAAUAUCCAGAGUGUCAUAUUGAUUCCCCCCGUAUAUCUAUGGCUCUUUUAGUGCAUGACAUCCUUCUUCAGUGUACCAGACUGGCAGCUAUUUUAGAGUACCUCACUGUUUCCCAAACAGGUCAUUUUAUUGACUCUAAAAAGCCAUAAGUCUGGGAGAGGGCAGGGUAGAAAAAUUGUAACAUACUUACUGAUAUACUGUGAAAAUGUUUACAAACAAGGCAAAUCAUUCCUGGGUAUUUUCUCAGCAGUUGGACAUAAAUUUAGACCAUGGCAAACAAGAAUUUCCUGCAUACUCCUAAUCUAGCAAGCAUGUUUCAUGCAGAGGUACCAGCCUUUAUGUGCAAUAUCUAGGGAAACACCUCCCUUCUCCCCACUCAAACCAUGGGAUUUCAAUUACAUAGUUUGAUGCACGAACAGCACAGGCCUAUGGAAACCAAGUGGACCUGUUGCAUGCAGAUGGCAACUACCCAGCCAGGAAGGAAACAGCUGACGCUGCAUUCACUUGCCAGCAGCACCGGUGCUUAGUGGGUCCCAAAAAAUCACAAAACACAUGCCAUCUUUGGGUGACAGGCUUCAAUAGGGCUUCUCAGCAAAACACACGGAUCCUGCCACCCGUGCUCAGGAGAGGGGGGUCCCUACAUCAGCUCCUCGGCUGCCAUAAACCACUACAAAUCCUGUGCACCCCAGCAUAAUGACUUCAGAAUUGAUGGGGCAAGGACAGCUUGCAUAGUUCACACUGCAAUGAUUGCAUCUGGAACAGAGCCGACCCACUCAGUCUGUGGGUCAUGCCAGGCCUGUGUGUGCUACGUGCCACCCGCUCAACACAGGUCAUGUUGCUCUCAGUUGGCUUUCUCGAGGCCCAUCCACAACUACACUUCUGUCAGUGAAAGAAAAGGAAGCUGCAGCCUUCAUUUGUUGUGGUUUUUUGUUUCGUUUUGUUUUUACUUUUAUACCUGCCUACUCUGGAAAGAAUGAGCACAUUGAAGGGAGUCCAAAGCAUUUUUGUACAGAAACAUUUACACUAAAAUGGAAAGAUUUUUUAUUUUAUUUUUUUUUUUAAAUAAAAGAAACCCUCAGGAGAAACUCAGUGGGCAGGUGGAAAUUUUGCACUGUGAUAUAGCUUUCACUUCAAGUACUUACCUAUUUCUUGCUGAAACAACGGCCCCUUGAAAAUUUUCACCAGAUGUGGCUAAUCCAUGGAGUUGUGCAGGUCUUCCCGCUGUGCUUAAUGCCAAGGAGGAAGAGCAAGGGGUGGGGAUAGGUUUGCACAUUGGGGAUGGUUAGUGCAGGCUGGAUAAGAAGUCUUGCUUCAGCUCUGAGCAUCUUUUCUAAAGGCUUCCAUGGAGCAAGAUGAUACAAGCAACGGUUCAGAAUAGGGAUUUUUGUUCUAUCCACCCAGGAUGGCUGAUUUUAUCAACUCUGUAAAUGUUAUUUACACUGAUGUUUCAAGAGAUACAACUCCUUUUGCUGCAGACAUUUUAAAGCUUGGUCAUUUGCCCCAGAAGAAGAACAAGCCAAGUCCUCCUGUUGACCCAUCACAACCCAUCUGUAAUGUCACCUAGCACUUGUAAGGCAGGAUCACCUCAAAGCUCUGCUGGAAGACAGAAGUUCUGCAGCAGAGAACCUAGUGAUAGCAUAUGGGUAGCCAAGAGCCUAUCUGUGUCAGUCUGCAGUCCUGGCAAAAGGUGCAUGAGCUGAAAGCAAACCAUUCCUCUGAGGAUAAACCUGCUUUUUGCUCUUGGAAUAUACUGGGCCCCUCCAUAACUCAUUGCUGCAGUUUAAGAAAAGAUUGUGUUCCUUAGAACAGCAGCUCAGGGCCCUAAUGAAACCUUUUUUUGUGUCCUUUAGCACAAAAAAAAAAAAAUAGACUUUAAGCCACUGGGGCAUGCGCAUGUGUAAGCUAUAUUUUUGUGAAUAGGGCACUUCAAGCUUAAGGUGUGUGUGUUUGUCUUUUACUCUCCCUCCUUCUGUAUUUUAUUGUCUUUGGUAUUCAUGUAGCACGGACUGUAAAGUUUAUGAAAUCUCAUUUUUGUAACAUAAGCUUAAAAAAAUAGAAGCCUCCAAAGCUUUCAAUGGGGAAGCUUCACGUAAACUUUGUACUAGAAUGUCCCUAUCAAACACCUCUAUUUUUCUACAAUGAUUGAUUAAGCAGUUUACCAAUGUAUUUUGUGUCAAUGAUUUCAACUGAACUGGUAAAAAGACAAUUAAGAAUUGAAUGCUGUUAAUUAACAAUGGAUUUUCAAGCCGUAUAUGCUGAGUGGCGUUUUCAUUAUAACAACCUGAGAAAUUCAUCACCUAAUCCUAAACAAUAUCCUAUGAAAUAGCAGUGCCCUAUGGUUAUAUUGUUGGCAAAUCACGUUUAAGGAACAUUAGUAACGCAAUAUUUUUAUUUAAUUGGAUACAGAAUUUAUCGAGAUCCAUUAUGUCUCCAUAUACUUCACUAAUACAUGUUGAUGUCUUUGUCUCAGUGUAUCUUGUAAUUUGCAGGAUCAAAAGAAUUUCCAGAGAUAAAUGUGGACUUUCAGUUAUCUACUUCAGCACUCAUUUCCUUCUGCAAACAAAAAUGCUGCAGGUAUUCAUACAGACUUCAUGCACAGUACUGCAGAGUCAUCUCUUGCUUCCUCUCACUCUCUCUAGAUAUUUGUUCUACAGAACUACAGUCACUGACGUGAGACAUCCCAACAAAUGUAACUUUGGUUGUCAAAGUGAAAUGUCUGCUUCUGUGAAUGGCCUUGCUAAAAGCUUGCAUGUCUCUACGCCUGCAGUACACGCAGAGCGGACUACACAGCCCUGAGUUAGCAGAGCUCUGAACAUAUUUUGCCACAUGGAGGAAAGAGGCGUUGUGCCAUAGAAGGGUCCCCAGCAGGCAGAUGCUAAAUCAAGCAGUACAGCGUGCUUGCAAAAAGGGAAAAUGUUUGGUGGGCUGUUUGAAGUUACCUCAUGACAGGCUCUGGAUUUACAUACCCAGCUUUGGUGCACAGAGGUGCCUAGUUUUCUGGCAUUGCCCAUAUUCUGCUGCAGGUAAAGAAGAAGCUGAGGCCUUAUUAAGACACGGAAUAAAUCUAUCUUCUUUUCAAUAACAGGGCACAAGGUUCUGUUUUUCCCAACUGUGUGGCAUUAGACUACUGAGGAAAGGGAAGACACAGACUCUAUGCCUUCUUCAGAACAGGGAAAUUCAAGUCUGCACCCUACAUCUCCCAAGAAACAAACCUAGCCAUAAUAACAGCUGAGUCCCAACACUCACGCCAAGGUCAGAUGGAUAUUUGAAUUCUUUUGCUAGACCAAAGAAUCUUUAAAUCCUUUGAUUCCUCAGUCCCUACAAGGCUCUAUCCUAUUGACUAGGGCAAUCCCUGGUUGCAUGGCAGAUACAGUGACAACCCUCAGGCUAGAGGAGGCACACAAUUCACUUGUCUCACCUUGUCCAGCAGUCAUCCGCUCUCCGCAGUGGUGCAUCACCACAGCCUCUGCCUAUGCUUUCUGCACAUCUCUUGGGGCCCCAAAUCCAGCAAGGUCUGGGCUUGAUGCGUUCUGAACACCACUUUCUCAAGCAGCCUUCCUGGGAGCUGGAAGAAAGCCAAGUCAUUUUAUGUCACGCCAGAUUCACUGUGAGACCGGUGCAGAGCUGCAAGCGUGUUCUGCCUAGAAUGGAUGGAUGUACUGCCUUCUUGUCAGAAGUAGGGGCUACUUGGAAUUUCUGGCUUGUGGAGAUCUGAAUGGUGAAUUUGUACCACUUGCUCUAAAUACCUGAAAUGGAAGUGAAUUAGAGUCUUAAAGCUGAAAAUGACAAUGAAAGGGUAGGACAUUUCUUUAGCAAACAGCAUAGAUUCUCACUGAGAAACAUUCACUUUUUACUAUUGCUGUAAUUUCUGUCUGCCAAAAUAUGCUUCUUUUCAGAAUAUCAACCCCAUUAACAACCACAUUAUCUCAUUCAGACACUACUUCAGCUAUAAAUCAGACCUAACUAAACAAGAAAAAACAUUGGCUUCUCUUGUAAACUUGUUCCUUCAGCUCAUAAACGUGUUGUCUGGAAAUUACUUGGAAAGCAGCAUUCCACUAUCCAAUUCAUAAGGACAAGACAGGAAAUCUAUUACUCACAAUAAAUGAUUCUCUUUUACACUUUCUGAGUUAAUUUUAAACUUCUGCAAUUAGCCUGUUGGACAGGAGGAGUGUUGCUGCACAUUCUAGAGUACAUUAGAUUUUGUGUAUUUGGUUCAAUGUUACUUCCACUCAUUUCCAUAUUCUCAGCUUCCCUGGAUUUUCAGAAACCUUAAUCUUGUGUUAACUUCAGUUUAACAGAGCACAUGUUUCACCACUUGCCAUUCUUCCAUUUAUUGCCCACAAGCCGCUGGUGUAAUGCAGUUUCGUGUAGACAGCACACAGAAAUCACACACAAAUAUAGUAUUCCAAAGAGACCUGCAUAUCUUGCUACUUCAUCUCAAGUGUGAGAUCUGUUUUCUAUUUCAAGCAAAUUCACAAGUAUAAACCACAGUUCUUCUUUCAUCCCCUCUAAUGUGUCAUCCAUACAGUAUAAAAAUUCAGGACUUUCAGAUAAUACCAGCUUCUUUGAGGUAUUUUUUUUCUUGGAGCAAAACUGGGAGAACCCUCCCCGACUUCUUUUUAUUUUUAAUUCUUCUUCUUUUUCUUCUUUUUAUUUUAGAAGGCAGCAGGAGCUCCAAAUCUACUGAUAUUGGUCUUAGGUACCCCACUGGAAGUCACGAGCACCAUCUUGCUAUCAGUUUGCACUGAAAUCUCCUCAAACUAUUAUAAGUAGUCACUUGCAUUAGCAUUUCUGGAAGGUUUAAACUGGAAGUACUGGUGGAGAGUUGUUACUUCACUAGUUUCCCCCAUGUGCUUUUCAAGCUUGUUGGACUGGAGUCCCCUGGAUUUCUUCCAGCUCAGGCAGGAACACAUGGCACCACAUGAGCACAAACCCUCUCAGCCACCCACACUGCCUGCUUCCCCACCAUAGAAACCUGAAAGACGCAAAUUUCUCCCUGAAAUAUUAAAAGAUGAACAGUGUGGUGGAUGAGGUGAUACUUCAAGAAGGAUGGCAAUGCAGCAUAGAGUGUUGGAUCCACUUCAUUGGAUCCACAUCAGGCAGAACAUUCUGCUAAGCUGAAGAAGUGGAGAUGAACCAGUGCACCAUUAACAGAGCACAUCAAAUACCAAAGAAAUCUUCCCAAGAACAUGACUCUAAUCAAAUAAAACUCACAGUAAAAUAAUAAUAAUAAAAUUAUAAAAUAAUAAUAAUAAUAAUAAUAAUUUUUUUCUGGAAAAUAUUAAGAUACCUUACUAAGAAAUCUCUAAUCUGAAAAUAUCAGUAAUAUUGGAGUUGGGGAACACAGACUGCUACAUUUUGAAAUCAUGGUAAUGCAUCAAGCUCAGACCAUAACAGAAGUUACUUCAUUAUCUCAGAAAUAUUUUUGGUUGAAGUGGAUGGGAUGCUACAGCUUAUUUCUCUAAAUGUAUUUUUCAGCGAUGUUGAACGUAUAUCAGUUCUUACCAAAAUCGGUAUAAAUGAGGAGGCAUCUCUGGAAAAUAAAAAAAGAAAAAAAGAUAGACCAUCUGCUGAGAUGAAUGUAUGAGAACUUUGUGCUGCCUUUUGUUCCAGCUUUUGGGCUCUCUAGGAGAUGAUGGAGUCAGGCAAGGUCUUUCAUCUAAGUGAUGUGCCAUCAGCACCAAAUACAUGCCAAAGUCUUAAGAGAGCCACAGAAAGAGUAUUUAGAUCCUUCCAUUUUGCAGUAGGUUUUAGGCACAUGUUUUUAGGCAAAUUAGGUAUUGCUAAAGCAUUGCCAAAAGUGGUAAAGAUACUACCACCAAGAACAAAGUACUGUGUGACUCUCACAAGGGCAAUUUACUAGAAAAGGUCUUAAGGCAUAGCACCAAGGCAAGAAAAGUAAGCUGCAGUUUGCAGUUAUCCUGCAGCUUCUCUAGGGAAAGUUGUAGUUCACCUGUCAGCAGAUGGGUCAGCAAUCCUUACUCAUUUCUAAUGAGUUCAUCUUUAGAACAACAGAAAAUAAUCUGUGUUUUUAGAAAGUUAAUGCUUUUUAAUCAAAAGGCUAAAGAUGUUCAUAGCAAAUACAGAAAGUCCCUGGAAUGGAAGGAAUGCAAAUAAGCAUAAAGUCUACAGAAGAAACCUAAGAAAAGUAUUGGCCAGUGGGAAGGAACCAUAUGUUGAAAACUAAGUGGUACUACUGGCCAUUUUUUUAUUUUUUUAUACAUGCACAUCUAUUUUUUUCACAUUCAGACACUUACAUAUAUAUAAAAAUAAAAAAUAUCUGUCAUAAAGCAAUGUAUAACCAAAACCACAGCUUUUAAAGCUUCAAGAUUUUUUUAACUACUCAUAUCAUCAAAAUGAAAUCUGUAAAAUGAGAAAAGACAAGGGAGAGAAUCCAUCACUUGAAUCACAUUUAGCACUUGCUUCCUGAGAAAUGUGCUAUACUAGCAAAUGACAAUACUCCUUUUAAACUUACUGAAUUUAAAAGAAGGGGAAAACAUUCAAUGCAAAAAAAAAAAAAAAAAAAGACACUGCAUAAUUUGAAGACUUUGUCUAGGAUCUUGAGCCUUCAUUUAUAUGACAAGGAAGAAAUCAGGUAUGUGCUUGCAGUACCCAUGGUAUUGAUUCUAGAAAAGCUUUUAGCCCUUGGAGACAUUAAAUCAGAAUGAACAUCAUGAAAAAUCCCAUAAAGAUCACAUAAUAUGAUAACUAUUACAUUAUGACUUCUACGUUACUAUUACUAAUAAGUCAAACUUUGAUUUGUCUCAUUUGCCAGAGAAGAAAUGGAAGGAAAGAAAAACUGCAAAGAAAUUUUCCUGAACAAUGGCAGAGACAUGUGGCUUAAUUUCAAAUACUUAAGUAAGAAUUUCCUUUUCCUUUCUUAAUUCUCUCUUUGUGUCAACACUCAGAUUUGCUAAAAACAAAUGAAAAACAUGAAAAACUAUGGCCACAAAAAAAAAAAAAA